GCAGGUACUCCGUAGGUGGCAGGCCGCAGAAGGCCCAGACCAAACGUUCUUUAGCACAGUUUCCCGGCUGGGGUCGGUCCCGCAUCCACCCACACUUCACUUCUGCAAGGCGUGCAUGCAACGUUGUCAAAAAUCUCCAAGGACACGCAAAUUACUCCAAUCAAUUGUUGUAAUUUCAGGCAAUUGUGUUCCUCGUCGACUGUGCAAACAAGUUCACCGAGCUUUUUGUUCAAUAGACGGAUCCUUAUCACCUUUCGGGCCAAUCUUCUGCCACGACAACUCAAGCUUGACCAGGGUCAUUCAAGGUUCAUAGCGGCCGAGACCAAGGCACCCCGAUAAGUAGCGGGGAAACGCCUCUGGCACCACGGGCGCAAAACGUUCUUUCCACAGCGAAUCGGACAACUGCGCAUCGAGACGAGAUUGAUGUGGCCGACAACGCCAUGAAGCGAAACAACCGAGGCUCGAGCCCGGCCUCCGCCUCCCUGCCAAAGAUUGCUGUCAAUGGACCAUCGACAAACAUGACGGCGGAGCCCGACAAGGCUGGUACUGAGGGCGAGCGCGUCCAGGGAGGCGGUGAUGGUAUCGACGCGGGGCUGCGAAGCUUGGGACAUUACAAACGAGCACUCCCGCCAUGGAGAUAUGCUGUGCGACAGAAGAUGCUGCCCCUGAUUCGAUGGGAAACACCCUACCUCGCCUGGUUGCAGUCCAAGAUCCGCUCGCCCGCGCUCGACAGCUACUUUGCCAUUACUGCAAACCUCGGAACGCAUACCUUCUUUAUGAUCGGGCUUCCCAUCAUGUUUUGGUGUGGAUUUAUGGAGUUCGGGAAGGGUCUUGUCCACAUAUUAGCGACGGGCGUCUUCGUUACAGGCUUCAUCAAGGAUCUCCUAUCUCUCCCGAGGCCAUUGUCGCCCCCUCUCCACCGAAUCACCAUGUCUGGAUCGGCGGCUCUCGAGUACGGCUUCCCAUCGACCCACUCGACCAACGCAGUAUCCGUUGCUGUGCUUGGAAUACUCAUGCUGCACGACCCAACCAAUACUCUUUCCUCUUCAGUCAAGCUCUACCUGGAGGUUUUGAGCUAUUUCUACGCAGUCUCCAUCGUCUUUGGCCGCCUCUACUGCGGCAUGCACGGCUUCUUGGAUGUGAUAAUUGGUAGUCUGAUUGGCAUUUUCAUCGCACUGGGAGAGUUCUAUUGCGGUCCGAUCUUGGAUUCUUGGCUUCAUGCCACGGGCUGGCGCGGGUCCAUCGUGUUUAUCCUGACCAUCAUCGUACUGGUGCGCAUCCACCCAGAGCCCGCGGAUGACUGCCCGUGCUUCGACGACAGUGUUGCCUUUGCCGGCGUCAUGAUGGGCCUCGAAGUCGGCUUCUGGCAUUACAUGCACUCAUCCUUUGCCUGGCCGGCGAGCGAUCGCUUCUCGCUGUCUCAGUUGGGUUGGCCAACUGUGGGAGCACGGCUUGUGGCGGGCAUCAUUGUUAUCUUUGCGUGGCGCGAAAUUAUGAAGCCUGCGCUGCUCAAAAUUCUCCCCUAUAUCUUCCGGGCCAUAGAAGACCGCGGUCUCUCUCUUCCCCGACGCUUCUUUGUCAACGCGAGCGAGUACAAGAACAUUCCCGACCUCCUCCGCCUGCACACCGACAACGUUAUCCCUUCGGUCAGUGACCUGCCUGAAAUUGUACGCAACAUCCGGCGUGUGGGAACCCGCGGCCGAAGUGUCAGCAUCGGCCCCCAAAGCGCGGCAGAUGCGUACGAGACGCUGGCUUACCGGGAGCGGAGGCGGCGGGAGAGCAUGGGGAGCAACGCCAGCCUUGGGAGCAAGCCAAGCCUGCGGAACCUCAGGGAGGAGGUCAGCCGCGAGGGUGGCGCUUCCGGCGACGCUUUUGAAGACGGGGAUGGUUUUGCCUUUUCGUCAUCCCUCAGUUCCGCCCAGCAGAUUCGGCGAAGGAACCAGUCCCCAGGGACUCUGGCCGACUACGAAAGCCAGAUGGGGCGGGGCACUGUCGUUGUUGGAGACGAGGGUGGCAAAGGCGAGGAUGACGUGGACAUCUUCAUUGGCCAACAGGAUGAGUUUGAGGAGAAGGAGAUGUUUGAGAAGCUUAUAAAGCCACGCGUCAGGUACGAUGUUGAGGUGGUGACCAAGCUGGUCGUCUAUGCUGGCAUCGCAUGGCUGAGCGUCGAGGGCAUACCGGUCAUGUUUGAAUAUAUAGGCCUGGGUGCGGAACACCUACGCCAGCCAAGGUGAAGACAAGGACAUGCGCCUUUUACGACCGAAACACCCUUUGUUCUCUCAACCCCUUUUUAUUUGGACUGUCACUUACUUACAACAUUUGUUUUUCUCUUCAAUAAUGAGCGUUAUAAUGAGGGUUGGCGUUGCCUCGGACAUAGGUUCAUUUAAAGUUUUUAUAAUCGAAUCUUUCAAGUUAUUAAUGGAUGUGGGGGGUUUGGCUUUGCUCAGUUACUCCUGGACCUACUGACUAGGGUAGUCUAGUGCUCCGAAUGAUGCAUGGCGUGACCAUCUUGACUGGACUUGGGGUGCAUAAUUAAAACAAGUUCGACAAAUUUGGUGGCAUUUGGGCUACCUGAGUACCUUGAGUACGAAGCGACAAACAGACCGGCUGUCUGGUCGGUAAGAAAGAAAGAAAAAGACAAACCCAUGAAACGCCUUUCCCUGUCCCAACCCUUUUUUUUUACCCCUAGAUUUUAUUAUCAUAUAGCUCCC